AAGUUGAUAAAAACGGGUGUUUAAAACGCACUGACAGGGUACAUGUUCUAAUUUGUGAAGGUGAAAAGCCUAGGGUCAUGUUUUUCAUAAGGGCUGACCGCUCAGUAACACCAGAAUCAACAUAAAAUAUUUUAAUAUUCCGGCUUGAAAACGGGUGAACGGCUUGCCUGACUCGCGUUAAAAGCAUCGCUCUUAAAGUGAACAACUUUAUUGGACAUUUCGCUACUCGGAAAAUAUUAAUAAGUUCUUUUACAGCGGUGGUGAUUUUCACGGACAGAAGAUGGACUUUUGGGUGGUUUUUAUGAGUGAUUGACCAGAGAAGUUUUGAUCUUGAAUGAUGAGAAAGUGAAUGAAAUAAAUAUGGUUAUGGAUUUUAUUGACUCAGGUUUUAUCAAGCACUACUAAGAAUUCUCGUUUGGACCUUGUGCGUUAAGACAAAAAAUAUUCUUAAUUAAAAUGUGCGCUUAAACAUCUAAGGUGUUAAAGACGUUCGAUUCGGAAGCAAACAUUGUUAUAGAAAGUGAACGUUUACCACAGUUGGAAUUAUUCUACAUUAAGAAAACAUAUAUACAUUAAACGUGAAUGAUUUUACAGUGAAAUUGACAUUUUUGAAGAAAAAAAAGAACUAAAAAUACAAAUGUGACUAGCACAUAGUUCACAAAGACUGCAUAUUGGAAUGAGGUGAAUUUUAGUGAUUUUGGAAUAUUUAUUAAUUUCUUGUGUUCUUAUUUUUUUUAAAAAACUUGUGUGCCAAUAUGGCUGGUUCUACAUUGUCGUGGAAUUUAUUUUUAAAAUUGACGGUUUUGUGGAUUUACUGUGGACAAAGUGCUGGAUUUAAUGGCAUUUGGUGGUCGCUGGGUAUGUCUGGAGCGGGCUGGGACGUUUUACAAAAUCCAAAUGCAUACAUUGUCGGGACGAACACCAUGUGUGAACAACAACUCAAAGGGCUUUCACUCGCUCAACAGAAGAUGUGCAAAAUGUACUAUGACCAUAUGCCGCCCAUUGCUAGUGGCGCUAAGAUGGCGAUCAGGGAGUGUCAAUACCAGUUCCGGUUUAGACGAUGGAACUGUUCUACGAUAGUUGGGGAUUCUUCCGUUUUUGGACCUGUCCUGCAAAUACCGAGUCGAGAGGCGGCCUUUACUCAUGCAAUAUCUGCGGCUGGAGUCGUGCAUUCUUUGGGACGAGCAUGUCGUGAGGGCGAACUGGCUAUUUGCGGUUGCAGCAAAGCAAUGCGCCCAAAAGACUUAAACAGAGACUUUAUAUGGGGUGGAUGCGGAGACAAUAUCGAACAUGGCUACCAGUAUGCUAAGACAUUCGUUGAUAUGAGAGAACAGGAAAAAAAUCAUCCCAGAUUUUCGAACGAACUUGCACGAAUGCUUAUGAAUCUGCAUAACAACGAAGGCGGCCGACGGGCGGUGUACAACUAUGCCAAGGUUGCCUGUAAAUGUCACGGAGUUUCCGGCUCAUGUAGUCUUAAAACUUGCUGGCAACAGCUACCAACCUUCCGCGAAAUCGGCGAACGUCUGAAGGAAAGGUACGACGGAGCCGUUGAAGUGAAAUUUAACAAGAGAGGCACACAAUUGAAGCGAAAACAUAGGAAAUACAACAAGCCAACAAAUGAAGACUUACUGUACCUUGAGCAAUCGCCAGACUAUUGCCAAGCUAAUAAGGAGACCGGAAGUUUGGGCACUUCCGGCCGUGAAUGUAAUAAAGGGUCAGAUGGUAUGGACGGAUGUAACUUGAUGUGUUGUGGCCGGGGCUAUAAUACCUUUAAAAAGACUCUUGUGGAAAGGUGUAACUGUAAAUUUGUUUGGUGUUGUCAUGUAAAAUGCAAAACUUGUGAAAGUGUCAAGGAUGUGCAUGUUUGUAAAUGAGAUUGUUGUUUUCUCUUUCCAAUGUUAUUUAUUUAUAAACAACGAGCAAUCAGGUAUCUGACUGUAGAAACGAUUUCAUUAUCGUUUAUGCAAAAUCAUACACAUACAUUGCCAUGGUUCACGUUAAAUCCAUUGUACCAAAUGCGCUCAUGGACUGGGACAAAUGCGUACGAUCCUACCUCUACGCUUAAACUGAUGACGUGUGCAAAAACUGUGAUCUCGAGUAAGACAUCUCGCGCAAGGCGAUACUUCGAGACCAAAUGUGCCUGGAAUGUGUUGUUCGCGGAAAGUUGUACGGAAUAAUGGCCAGUGUUAAGAAUAAGCAACUUUUAUUUGAUUUAGUGCAAUAAACAGCGCUUAGAUUCCUAUUGGAUCAUUUCGCUCACUUGUAACUGCUCGUUUGUUGUGGUUUCUCAAAGGACAGCACAAGGAAACGAGGGAGUGACUCUAAGAGCCUUGUGCUUAAACAGAAAACCUUGAAAGAGAAACUAUGCUGUUUAAAGAUCUAAAUAUUUAUUAGCUCAUGUUAAUGAAACUGCCUUUUAUUUCGUUUGCUAAAGGCAUUUUGACUCUUUCGGUAUAAAAUCUAAAUAAAAACAUUGCUAGGCUAUUUUUUCGUAUUUCUUGGAAGUUAAAUACUGAAAUAAUUGAUAACGUUAACCGAAAACUUUCCGAAAUUUCAUUCAGUUUUGCUGCUUACAUAAAAGGUAUUUAAGAAGUAAAUGUUAUACUAAUGUGAGAUUUUUUGAUUUCUAAAUGAUUAUUUGUAAAUUGUUUUGUUUAUAAUUGCGUACAUCAAUGCCAAGAGUCAUACAGGAGUAAACCAUGUAUAUUAUUGUUGUUGUAAAAGUGUAUAUUGAUAUCAUACUAUGUUACAUAUACAAACAUCAUAGUUAUCAUACCAUAGGUGGUUAAAUCAGUUACCAUUGGAAGUAGGUUUAUGUUGUUACAAAUGAUGUAGGACAAAGUUUACCAGAUUAAAAGCCCCUCAGAAAUAUUGCAUUGAUAGACAAACUACCCCAUGAUUUUAAACCUUCUUCUUCAAUGUUGAAAGAAGAUACGUUUUAAAAUUUGAUAUUAUACAAUUUCAACGGAAAGGCGAAAAUGGCCAAAAAUAAUUUAUAUAUUAGCGUCUUUUUCAACCUAUGCUUAAAUUGGUUGAAGGUGUUUUGACCGGGGAGGAUUUUGUUUGCUUCCCUUUUCACAGGGUUAUAAAGGUGCUGUCUCAUUGUAAACUGAAUUAUCUUGAAGAUAGAUUGUAAUAAUAAUUAUAAUUUCCAUUUUUCGAAAAGGAAACAAUAAAAUCAAACUAAAUUAAAUAAGACAACCCCCCUCCCCCCCCACACACACACACCCACACACACAUAUUAUACCCUUUUUAAAAAAGUGCACAGCCAAGCUGUUAUUUUUAGAGUCUAUAUAAAUGUAUCUCCCCCCUCUCUGCUAUGUCGCCAGGCAUUGUAAUAAGCAGGAGACUAGAUUUUGAACUAAGCUUUUUAAGUAUGAAAGAGAUAGCACACAAUCGAAUAAGUAAAAUCUCUUAAUAGCUGUUUCAACAAAAGGUGUAUGUUUCAUUUGGGAAAUUCUUUUAUACACUUCGCGUUCUUCUGGUCAUUUAAAUGGUAUUUAAAAGAAAGUAUGCAUAUUUAAAUCGUUGUUAUUUAUUUCAUUGUUAUCAUGGUUGACAUUUAGCAUACUAGCAAUAGCACACUCUCAUAUUAACGACGAUAAAAAGCGUAUAUUUUACAUAACAAAUCAGUGUUUUGUAUAAAUAAUAAAUUUGAAUAUAAAAAUGACCAUUUUAAAGUUGAUAUUUAGUCACAAAUUAUUAUUUAAAUUACAGUUAUUUUGUUUACAGCCCUGAAACUAUUCAAAGACACGAAUAGUUUAUACACUGUGUGUAGUUUUUAUAUUCGAUUUGUCAUACAAUUUGAAACAUGUUUUUCAGUAGCGCAAGUUCUGGGGGAUCAUUUCACCAAGAAUCAUGGGAAAGUUUGUUCCUAUGAAGGAUAUUUCAACAGCACUACUGCACUGUUUUAAAUCCUUCAUAUGUAAAAUAUUGCUUCGUUGGUUCAUAUGAAUGGUUCUUCAUGAAAUGCCCCCUGAUUUCAUAUAUGGUUUUCAAUUUACUGUUUAAUUGUUCUGUUAAAUAAAAUCAAUUUGCCUCGGUGGGUUACAGGGUAUUGUUUUGAAUCAAAAUGGUACAAAUACAUCUGCAAACAUACAUUUAAUCUCAUCAUAGAGCUGUUCAACAUAUCAUCAUGUCUUGUUAGUUUUUUCUAUAUUGUUACGUUGUGAUACAUUUAUUCUAUUUCUAAUUUUGUUUAUUUUAUAAAAUUAAUUUGCCCAUAAAUACCUACAUUGCACUUUUCAUAAAAUA